AUGACGUCGACUUCCACAUCACGACCACCAUUCCUCCGUUCGUUGUCAUCCACUUCGUCGCUGAAACCAGCAAAGGAUAAACCUCGAAUCUAUAUUGCCCUCUAUCCACGUGGCGGCUCUUCAGCAACAUCUUCUUUCCGCAGUGAUUUCAACUGCGACUCCUACCAUUGGUCUAUCGUCGUAGGGCCCCAAACAGCCUCAAGAAAAGACCCGGGCACCCGCUAUCAUGUUGCGCAUCUUCCUGAGAAGUCUGGCAAACACCUUUACGAGGAACAGGAUAUCCCUUCCCACUCGGCGGCUCAGACCUGUUUAAUCCGUGUCGCCAUUGCCAAAGUCACAGACGAAUGUCGUCUGCAGUCGGUCCUCCGAGAAGUUUGCAUCCAACGGGAUGAUUCCGCAUUUAAUUGCCUCACGUGGGUCCGUGAGGCUUUUGUCAGAUUACACGACGAUGGCAAGUGCUUGAAAAGCUAUUUGAAUUCGGACGACUGGAAAGCUGUCGAGACGUGCGCGCGGACUUACUGUAAACGCAAGAGAGACGUGGGAAGGUUUCAAGAAACUGUUCCUGCUAAUGGGGCUGUCAAUGCCUGGAGUAUGGAGAAGAUCAGCACCUUCAAUUUCUGGGAGAACCGAGAGACUACCCCUUGA